AUGGCUGAGGAAGAACACCACGAAACUUUCGAGGCUGCCGGUGCCGGUGCUUCCAAGACUUUCCCCAUGCAAUGUUCCGCUCUCAGAAAGUCUGGUCACGUCGUCAUCAAAGGUAGACCCUGUAAAAUCGUUGACAUGUCUACUUCCAAGACUGGAAAGCACGGUCACGCUAAAGUCCACCUUGUCGCCGUUGACAUUUUCACCGGAAAAAAGAUGGAAGAUAUCUCUCCUUCCACCCACAACAUGGAUGUCCCCAACGUCAGACGACAAGAAUACCAACUUCUCGAUAUUCAAGAUGAAUUCCUCAACUUGAUGGACACUGACGGAAACUCCAAAGAUGACGUUAAGAUCCCCGACAGUGAACUCGGUAAACAAAUUCAAUCCGACUUCGAUGCCGGUAAAGACCUCAUGGUCACCAUCAUUGCUGCUAUGGACGAAGAGCAAGCUAUCUCUUACAAGGAGGCUCCUCAAGCUUAA